AUGGUCGCCCCAUCUCGCUUUUGGCCGCAGGGUCUCGCAUUACUGCCGAGCUUGAUCGCAUCAGCAUCAGCCGACCAAAAACCACUGUCUCAUGGAACCACAUCUACUAACAAUCCAUUCGAUGCCAAAUUCGGAGCAUUUGCCAAGCAGACAUUGAGUGAAUGGAACGUGCCUGGCCUGUCAAUUGCCGUCAUUGACGACGACAAAGUCUUUGCAGAGGGCUACGGCUUUGCAACUCUGCCAGAUACGCCAGCUACCCCAGAAACCAUAUGGUACGGAGCAUCCACAACAAAGGCAUAUGUUGCCGCCGCCGUCGCCGCUGCGAUUGACUCCGGAAAUUACUCCCAACUAUCUCGUGGCUGGUCCACGACAGUGUCGUCCAUCAUCAGAGAUGACUUUGUCCUUCACGAUGAGCGGGCAACAGCUCAUAUCACGCUCGAAGACGCCGUCAGCCAUCGAACCGGUCUUGGCAGCCUCGACUUUUCAACUUUAAGGGAAGAGAACGGCGUGCAAGUUACGCCGAGGGACGUUGUCAGGCGAUUACGCCAUUUACCGCUCUUCGCGGAACCGCGCACGAAAUAUGCCUACUCUAAUGCCAUGUACGUUACGCUGGGGCAUGUUUUGGAAACAUUGACCGGUACCUCGCUGGCCAAGGUUCUCAAAAACUUGAUGUGGAGCCCUCUUGGGAUGAAAUCCACCUACUUUGACCUUGAUGACGCUAUUAAUGCGCCGGAGCAUCUGGCUUCGGGGUACAAGUGGGAUCCUAAGCAUAGCAACUACACAGAGGUGCCGUAUAUGGUGGUGACGGAAGAGGGUGGUGCUGGCGCCAUCUUCUCUAAUGUGCUUGACUACGCGAAAUGGGUCAAGUGUUUACUCCACGAGUCUGAACCUCUUUCAAAGUCGGUGCACAAGGACAUCAAGACGCCCAGAUUCAUCACGAGCCCACUUCCGGGCGGAGGGUUUGACACCGUUUUAUACGGGUUAGGAUGGGAGCGAACCCUGAUGUAUGGGCAUGUGGUGUAUCGCCAUAGCGGUGGCAUGCAUGCAUAUGGCGCCUAUAUUUACUGGCUCCCGGAAAUCAAGUACGGCGUCGUGUCGUUUGCCAACACGGCCGUCACGUCUAAUGCUGCUGAGAUUGUUCUCACGACAACCUUGAUUGCAGAUAAGCUGGGCAUCCCGGAACAUGAGCGUUUCGACUACGCAGCCAGUUCGAGAGCCCGGUUGGACGAGGCAGCAGAAUGGUUAAAGAACGCCCUCGACAUUCUCUACCCAAAUCGACCGAACACGCCCAUCCCUCCAACUCUAAACACAAGCCAGCUCGUCGGCACGUACUAUCAUCCUGGAUUUGGACCAAUCCGACUUCGGGAGGAGACGAAUCCCGACAAUCCAAACGAAAAAGUGUUGAAAUCAGACAGAGAAGAGGCGGCGUGGAGUCAGAAGUUUACGUUACACCAUGUGACGGGCGAUCAUUGGAUCAUCUAUGCAGAAAUGUAUGCCAUUUUUUCCAACACUGCUUUGAGGUGCCAGUUCAAGAUUGGUGUCGAUGGAAAGCCGGCUGGUUUGGAGAUUGAAUUUCUUGCUCGCGAGGCGAGUGUUGCCGAAGCUGUGGUACUGUUUGACAAGAUGGAGUGA